CGCCAAGGCGCCGGAUUUGCCAGUCGCUAGUCAGCAUCUUUUACACCUGCAAGGGAGAUGCAUUUCACCUCUAGUUUGUUUCCGAGUUGAAAACCUUUGGGACUUUGCACAGAAAAGCCUUUUUUUUUUUUUUAAGAAAUUCGAGAAAAAUCUUGGUCUUGAAUCAAAAUGGAAAAAUAUGAGAACUUAGGCCUGGUUGGAGAAGGGAGUUAUGGAAUGGUGAUGAAGUGUAGGAAUAAAGAUAGUGGAAGAAUUGUCGCCAUCAAGAAGUUCUUAGAAAGUGAUGAUGACAAAAUGGUGAAAAAAAUCGCUAUGCGAGAAAUCAAAUUACUAAAGCAACUCAGACAUGAAAAUCUGGUGAAUCUUUUGGAAGUGUGUAAGAAGAAAAAACGAUGGUAUCUGGUCUUUGAAUUUGUUGACCAUACAAUGCUUGAUGACUUGGAGCUCUUUCCAAAUGGACUAGACUAUCAGCUAGUUCAAAAGUAUUUGUUUCAGAUUAUCAAUGGAAUUGGAUUUUGUCAUAGUCAUAAUAUCAUACACAGAGAUAUAAAGCCCGAGAAUAUAUUAAUCUCACAGUCUGGUGUUGUCAAGUUAUGUGAUUUUGGCUUCGCACGCACGCUGGCAGCUCCUGGCGAGGUUUACACUGAUUAUGUGGCAACCCGGUGGUACAGAGCUCCAGAGCUAUUGGUCGGUGACGUCAAGUAUGGCAAGGCAGUUGACGUGUGGGCCAUUGGCUGUCUGGUAACGGAAAUGCUCACGGGGGAGCCCCUCUUUCCUGGAGAUUCUGACAUCGAUCAACUCUACCAUAUUACAAACUGUUUAGGUAAUCUAAUCCCAAGACAUCAGGAGCUGUUUUAUAAAAAUCCUGCAUUUGCUGGAGCAAGGUUGCCUGAAAUCAAGGAAACAGAACCUCUCGAGAGACGCUAUCCUAAGCUCUCUGAAGUUGUAAUAGACUUAGCUAAGAAAUGCUUGCAUAUUGAUCCAGACCAGAGGCCCUUCUGUGCCGAACUCUUGCACCAUGAUUUCUUCCACAUGGAUGGAUUUGCCGAGAGAUUUUCCAGGGAACUACAGUUAAAAGUACAAAAGGAUGCCAGAAGUACUACUUCAUCUAAAAAAUUUCAAAACAGAAAAAAGGAAAAAGAUGAUUCCUUAGGUGACGAGAGAAAAGCAUUCAUUGUACAGGAUACUAAUGCUGAUCCCAAAGCUAAGGAGUCCAAAGUAUUUAAGCUCAGAGGACCUAAUAUUGAUGGAGAGAAAGCUGAAAAGGUCAGUCGCGCCCCAAAUGCUGGCUGCCUUCAGGACAACUGGACGAGCCACAUGAAAGCAGCACCUUCAACGAACCUCAAAGCGGGCAGCUGUGGCCAUGUGGAUAACACAAGAAAUGCGGGCAUGGCAAUUCCCCCUCUGGCACACAACCUUUCUGCAGUGCCUCCCGCCUUUAAUUCUGUGAUAGGGACUGUCCCAGGCGUUCAGACUUACAGAAUGAAUGAUAAAACCAAGAAGUACUAUAUUCCGUUUGUGAAACCAAAUAAGCAAUCUCCAGCAGGCAUUUGUAAUAUGAAUGUGACCUCCUCAGUCACCAGUGAAAAGAAUAUUCUUCAAGCAAAUAAGAAAAGAAGAGAAUACUCAAAGACAGAUGUCCGUUUGCCUGAACUAAACUAUAAUCAUCUCCCUGAACUAAGAGCUUUGGAAGGCAUAGCUACACAGUCCAGGCUAAUAAGAAAAGAGAACAGAAAUCUUUCAGAAUCUCGAAUUCCCUCUCUGGCCACUCUUGAACUUCAUGCGUCAAGUAUUGCAUUAUAUCAGGUAUCAAGAUCUCCUCUAUCAGAUAAUCCAGAGGCUGAUUUACCUCGGGUGGAACACCAGCACUGAAUCAGUUUGGUUCUAAACCAGAUGCUGCUCUGGCACUUGUGCUAAUAUCCUCUGGCAACGGAACGCUGACAUCGCAGAAGAAGAGAUUUACAAGCUUCAUGGUUUGCUUUUGAACUGCCUCGGUUUUCUGAGAAAGUCCUUGCCAAAGAGGGCCAAUUAAAGACUCCAGACGUUUCAGAGGAACACCGAGCAAGUGUCUGGAGACCCCUGAAGCUAUUUCAAGAUAUAUCCAGCAAAAUUACGGUGGCUCUUGUUACAUGAGUGUGUAUUUACUAUUAGUUGAUUGUAUAUUUAAAACUCUCAAAUUACAUGUGAGUAAAAGUAAAAAGGUAGGGAGAAAUGUAGUGGGGGGAGUGUUCGUGCAUUGAACUGAACUCGGCGUUGGUAUAAAUGUCUGUGUUUGUGUAAAGUGCGCUUAGUGGAGGUAGGUAAUAAAUGGUAGAAUCAGCUGGAGAAAAUGAAAACAAAAACAACCCUAGGAUCAGUAAAAGAAAAUGUUUUUUUUAUUCUAACUUAACUGUAAAAGCACAUUUUAACAUGUGGGUUUUCCUUGUUUCUAACCUUGGGAGUCAAUGUAUCUACUUUCUGUGGAUAGCUGUAUAUCUUUGUUCCCUGUGAUUAUUGUUACACUAUGAUCAGUGUUUUACUGAAAACUGGUCUCUUAUAAGAAACAUGCUACAAUUUCCAAAAAAGAUAUUUGGAAGAGGAAGCUUUUAUUUCUAAUGAUUUUAUACAACUCUGUCACUGGAUAGUUCUUUGUGUUUUUAGAUUCUGGUGCUGCUGUUUUUGUAUGAACUAUAGUGGUAAAUUAAAAAAAUUUUUUAAAUGUCGUGGAGUUGGUACUAUGCUUCUAAUUGAGAGGGACAAGGUAUAUAUAAAAAUUAAGAGAUGGCACACAGGGUUACCAUGACUGGAACUAAUAACUCUCCUGGGCCCAUUUGGAUCAAACUCCCCAGCUAAGAAGAGUUCCUGUUUUGAACAUUAAUCCUGUCCACUGAGGUUUGUUUUAGAACUCAGGGGUGUUCCUGUCUCCUAGUUUCUUUAAACACCUAGUGCUUCCCAAAAACUUUUUACUAAGGUACAGAAUUAUUUACCCACGCUCCAUGUAAUUUACCUACACUCCACAUAUCUUUCCUAGUCCAGUUUUUAAUCUAUAACUUUGAGAUGGGAGAGUUAAAAUCAUUUAGCUCCAAGUUUUUGGUUUCUGGGUUUCUAGUCAUGUUCUGCAUUUAUCAUUUAGAUAGUGAUUAUUACGGUAAGGGAAAAAAAUUGCAUGUUUGGUUUUUUUGUCUUUUUUAAAAAAUUUUAACCAGACCUAUUAGUAGUGUAUUGUGUAUUUCAAAAGUUAUUGGCUAGAGUUUAGCACAAGAAUUUAACACUUUUUUUUUAACUCUCAGAAGCUUUAUAUUGAAAUUCUGCCCUUAGAAAACUUGGCUUCAAAAGAGUAGGAUGUUCAGAAAGAGUCAAAAAUAAGGUAUAUAAAUGUAUAAAUUUAUGGCAGGUCAAUGAAAAUUUGGUCUAAUUUUGACAUUCUUCCUUUAACCUUUGACCAGAUUAGAUUGUUAUGGUUAAAAUGAUCAAAAUUAAUGUGUAGGCAUUUGUAAGAUUCAAUUAAAAUAUUAUUUUUAUUUUGAAAAAUGUUGCCAACUCUCUAGAACAGAAAGCAGACAAGACUUAAAAAGCCAAGUGGCUCUGAUUUCAAUGGGUUUUUGUUUUUGCUUUUAUAUUUGAGCCACACCACGUGGUGCUCAGGGUUAAUCCUUGUUCUGUGCUCAGGGGUCACUCCUGGUGGACUCGGGGGACCAUACGGGGCUCCAGGGACAGAACCCGGCACAGCCCCAUGCAAGGCACAUUCUCCACCUGCUGUGCAAUCUCUCUGCCCCCAAGGUUACUUUAAAGAUCAGUAUGAAAACAGCACCUCAGCGUCCCAGCAUCUUAGAUCAGUUGCCUUCCAUUUCCAGGUUUGCUUUGUGCAUCUUUUCUUUCGAACGUGUUUUACGAACCUUAGAAUCAAGGAACUAGGAAUUAUUUAUUAUGAAUCUAAGUUAAGAUUGAGGAUCCAGGCUGGAGAGAGAAGACAGUGGGUAGGGCGCUUGCCUUGCACGCGGCCAACCCAGGUUCAAUCGCCAGCAUCCCAUAUGGUCCUCCAGGGCCUUCCAGGAGUGAUUCCUGAGUGCAGAGUCGGGAAUAAGCCCUAAGUAUGGCUGGAUGUGGCUCCAAAACAAAACCAAAAAAGACUUAAAGAUUCUACUUGCUUAAAACCCUGACAGAAGUACUCAAAGAACAGUUGGGAGUGUUUUUGCAAACUGGGACUAAGGUACAGAACCAAAAUAAUUCAUUGUGCUUCACUUUACAAGGGUAUGAUAAAAUCAUGUACUGAUAGAAAAUAUAUGUUUGUGCUGGUCAAGGGAAAUGAGCUUGCUGUGUGUAUGUAUUUUUGAAUUAAUAAAUAUUACUGUGUCUUACUGAA